AUGACGUCCUCACUCAGUCAGGGCAGCGUGCUGGUGACCUUUGACCUGUGGUUCACGCAGCCGGUGGACAGCCGGGAGGCGGAGCGACAGAUGAAGGCGGGCUUGGAGGAGAGCGGCGGAUUGGUCGUCGACCGAGACAGCCUCCGCGUCACGGAGAAACACCAGGAGGCGACCACCGCCACAAACUUGACGCCGCAGAUGCCAACCACACCUGUCACAAUCGCGUGCCCUCCUUACCACGCCUCCUGCGACCACUCGUCAACGUGUGUCCAGACGCGCCGCCUGUGCGACGGCGUCGACGACUGCGCCGACGCUUCUGACGAAGACGCCGCCCGCUGCGCAACGGCCUGCGACGGACAGUUCGUGCUGCGCGGGCCGACGGGAUGGUUGGCCUCGGCCGCGAACGGCAGCUUCUGCCGCUGGAUCGUCAGGGUCCAAAGUGGAUUUUCAGUUCAGGUCAACUUCCACAAGUUCGAAAGCCGAGAGAACGUCGACAUAUGGAGACUUUACGAAGGAGUCGGUGCUGAGAAGAAGAUGGCAGCUGAGCUCUCGGGCGCCAACCGUCCCGGGACCGUGUGGCUGCUGACCGACCAAUCCACCAUCGAGUUUUCCACGGACAAUUUUGAUGGUGUGUCAGAAUUCAAUGCCACCUUCAGUGCCAGCAACCUGUCGGGCCUCACCGAUUCAGAGAAGCUGUCGUGCACAUUUGAGCGCGGACUUUGCUUCUGGAGGCAGGAACACAAAGACGACGGCGACUGGCUUCGAAACAGAGGCGCCACAUUCCCGCCUCUCAGCGGCCCGAGUGUAGACCACACGCUGGGAAACCUGUCUGGUUUUUACUUGGUCACCCCUCUGAGUCCCGGCCAAUGGCUGAAGAGCUUCAGAAUCUACAGUCUGCCUCUGACGCCGCCCAACCGUCCCAUUUGCCUGCGUUUCUGGUAUCACAUGUUUGGAGAAGAUGUCCACCGUCUUCAGGUGUCGCUGCAUCGUGCGUCUCCAGGCGCCGUCCCCACGGUGGUGUUCCACAGGGACGGUAACUAUGGCGACAACUGGAACUACGGACAAGUGCUCCUUAACUUCACCUACGACACGCAGGUUGUGUUCGAAGCUCUGAAGAGAGGUGGGAUGAGGAAUGACAUCGCGUUAGAUGACAUCACAUCGAUGUCCGAGCCUUGUGGCCCUGCCCCCCCUGAACCCACCCUGGUGCCCACUCCUACUCCUGCGCCCACCAUUCCAGCUGACUGCGGCGGUCCUUUCGACAUGUGGGAGCCAAACUCCACCUUCAACUCGCCAAAUUACCCACAAUCCUACGGGAACAGAGCUCGCUGUGUGUGGACGCUCCACGCUGUCCCAGGUCGAAACAUCCAAGUCCACUUCCUGGACUUUGAUGUUGAAGAAAACUACGACAUGGUAGAGGUGCGCGACGGGGUGGGGCCCAACUCCACCUUACUGACCGUUCUCACUGGCACCGGUGUCCCCGACCGUGACUUGAUUUCAACAACCAAUCAGGUGACAGUCUGGUUCUUUACGGAUAGUUCCGGCCACGGACGAGGGUUCAAAGCCGACUUUACCUCCGGGGUCAGCUUGGGGUCUCCAGAGCCGUGUCCCGCAGACGAGUUCCAGUGUCAGACAGGCAGCUGUAUCCAUGGAAACCAUCAGUGUGAUGGAACGGUUGAGUGUGGCGACGCUUCAGAUGAAGCUAACUGUGUUGUGUUGAAGGUGAACUCUUCCAGUCGUCUCCAGUUUCAGAUCGCUUCCUCUCGGUUCACCGUGUGUGCAGACACCUGGACCCCGCGCCUGUCUCACUUCACCUGCCAGUACCUGGGAUACAGGUCCGGCGAGGCCACUCUGCUGCCAGCCUUACCAGUCGAUUCACCCUUCACCAGUGUCAAAGUCACCAGUAAUGGAAGUCUGGAAUCCAGCGUGAGUGACCGUUGUGUCAGCGACCACGUGAUUUCACUCCACUGUGACAACCAGCCCUGUGGAGCUCGUUUAGUCGCCCACGACACCGUGGACCACUCAGCAACCAGAGACGGGGAGGUCAGAGUGGUGGGUGGGUCAGAUGCAGCAAUAGGGGCGUGGCCGUGGAUGGUGUCGCUGCAUUGGAAUGGUCGCCACGUGUGCGGUGCCACGUUACUUGGUCGCCAUUGGCUGCUGACCGCCGCCCACUGUGUGUACGGGAAGGACCGCCCCCUGAGCCGGUGGUCCGCCAAGUUGGGUCUUCAGGCUCAGAGCCACGCCGGGGACGCAAACUCGUUCCAAAUCGAUGCCGUGUUCAUCAACACGCACUACAACAGACUCAGCAAACAGGCCGACAUCGCCAUGAUGCGCCUCAGCACGCCCGCCAACUUCACUGAUCUGAUCCAGCCAGUGUGUUUACCUGAAAAUGGUCAAGAGUUCCAAGCAGGGAGGAAAUGUUGGCUCGCUGGGUGGGGGCGACAGGCCGAGGAGGGUUCUCUCCCAGACAUCCUGCAGGAGGCCAAGGUUCCCCUGGUGGACCGGGUCUGGUGCCAACGCGCCUUGGCCGAAUACACCAUCACGUCCGACAUGCUAUGCGCGGGCUUCCCGGAGGGCGGCGUCGACUCGUGUCAGGGCGACUCCGGUGGUCCGCUCAUGUGUGAGGAGGAGGAGGGACGCUGGACUCUGAUCGGCGUCACGUCCUUCGGGAUCGGUUGCGGUCGGCCCGACCGGCCCGGCGUCUACGCCAGAGUGUCGGCCUUCGUCGCUUGGAUCGCAGAAACACGACGCUCCUCAUCCUCAUCUUGA